AUGGUUUAUGAUAAUCUACAAGGAAAUCUAUUAUUCUUAUGCUUAGUACUAGUACUAUCGUCAUCACAUGCGGGGCCUCUAGCUCGUAUUUUGGAUAAUUACUUUUUUAAUGAUGGUUCAGGAAAUUAUGAGUUUUGGUUCAAACAGUCUGAUAACAUCUACAGAUGGCAAAAAGGAGAGUUAAGGUACCUAGGUACCCAGCCGUUCGUGCAUGUGACUGGUGGUUACGCAUAUAUGAACGACGAUGAUCAAAUAUUGAGAGUCACGAACUUUACGGCUGACGAAAAUGGUUACCAACCGGAGGAAAGUGAGGGUCCAGGAGGAAUUCCUGGACGUCUGGCCUCGGGCGCAACUGGCUAA